AUGAUAUGGUCCUUGUUACUGGUCCAAUAUGGUACAGUGUCAGAGUGUAGAUGUGAUGCAUUAUCGAUCGAUAACAAAUUACCGUAUCGCCUUUUAGGUCCAGAAGAAGGUGGACCACCACGAAAGAAGGUGAAAUCGCCACCGGCAAUUUCACCAACUGGAUCCUCUACAAGUAUUUAUUCGGGUGGAAGCAGUAGUAUUGAUUGGAAGACUGUUCCGCCUCAGAUUAUGAAAUUUACACCAGAAUUCAAUUUUACUCGCAUCUCCUUUCUUGCUGGAUGCUUGCUAUCCGCUCUUUUUCGCUUAGGCUCUGAGCUGCAAAAAUGA